AUGCUUCGCUUCGCUGUAGCCUCAGCCUUUUCAAGCCUCCUGGCUGUUGUAAAUGCCCACGGGGGCGCUAUGCACUACAUCAUUGACGGAGAAGUGUACACCGGCAACUGGGACAUUCAAAACAACACUGAGGGAAGCAUCGGGCGCCAGUGGAACUGGGGUGGAGUCUCGAAACUGGAGGACCCUUACUUCGCGUGCGGCAACAAUGGCGUGCCGCAUGCCAACUCGUACUACGCGCCCAUUGUGGCCGGCAAUAUAGUCACGGCAAACUACUCCCUUGACACUAAGAGCGAGGAGGCUGAGAGGCCGUGGACCUUUGGGCACCCGUACGGUGCAAUGCUAGCUUACAUGGCCGCUUGCCCGGAGGAGGGCUGCGAAAGCGUUGAUCUCAAUGCUCCCAUCUGGUUCAAGGUCUGGGAGGCCGGCUUGAUCAGUGGCACCUGGGCCGACGGGUACUGGGCCAUGAGGGACGUGUAUGAAGGCGCCGAGCUGGACAUUUCCACCCCAGCGUCUCUCAAGCCUGGAAAGUACAUCUUGCGACAUGAGAUGCUCAACCUGCAGACUGGACCCGCACAGUGGUUCCCACAAUGCAUUCAACUCGAGGUCAGCGGGUCAGGCGACAGUCUUCCAUCAACUGAGGAUCUCGUGGCGUUCCCUGGAGUAUAUGACAAGGUCAGUGAGACCGAUAUACUUUGA